AUGGCAACAGCUUCAUGUUUUCAAGUACUGCCUGUGACAACAUGUUCAUUACCAUCUUCAACUUCGACCUCGAAAUCAAUUAAAAUAAAAACCAACAACAACCUUAAAAUCAAAUGUUUUGCUUCAAUUAAUGCAAGAAAUUCAUCUUCUUCUAAAAUCCCUAUGCCACCAAUAAACCCUAAAGACCCAUUUCUCUCUAAACUAGCUUCAGUCGCUGCCACCUCUCCUGAUUCUCUCCUCGAAAGCCCCGUCAGCAAUUCUGAUACGCCUCCUUAUCUUGACCUCUUUGAGUCCCCUAAGCUCAUGGCCACUCCUGCUCAAGUGGAAAGAUCGGUAUCCUAUAAUGAGCAUAGGCCAAGAACGCCACCGCCUGAUUUACCGUCGUUGCUUCUACAUGGAAGAAUUGUUUACAUUGGGAUGCCUUUAGUGGCUGCUGUCACAGAGCUGGUUGUUGCAGAAUUGAUGUAUUUGCAAUGGAUGGAUCCAAAAGCACCGAUUUAUAUCUAUAUUAAUUCCACAGGAACAACUCGUGAUGAUGGUGAAACAGUUGGAAUGGAGACAGAAGGUUUUGCUAUCUAUGAUUCAAUGAUGCAGUUAAAGAAUGAGAUACAUACGGUUGCUGUAGGAGCUGCUAUUGGCCAAGCUUGCUUACUACUAGCUGCAGGAACAAAGGGUAAACGGUACAUGAUGCCACAUGCAAAAGCCAUGAUCCAACAGCCUCGUGUUCCUGCAUCGGGAUUGAUGCCCGCUAGUGAUAUUCUUAUCCGCGCCAAAGAGGCAGUAAUAAACAGGGACGUUCUAACAGAACUUCUGGCUAAGCACACUGAAAAUUCUUUAGAGACUGUAGCUAAUGUAAUGAGAAGACCAUUUUAUAUGGAUUCUAGAAGAGCCAAAGAAUUUGGUGUCAUUGAUAAAAUUCUCUGGCAGGGUCAGGAAAAGAUAAUGGCAGAUGUUAUGCCUCCAGAGGAUUGGGACAAAUCGGCUGGCAUUAAACUUGCGGACCCCUUCUAG